AUGGUUAAGGCUUGGAUUCUUAACUCUGUCACGAAACAGAUCUAUGGAAGCAUUCUCAGAUUCAAUGAUGCUUCUGAGAUAUGGAAGGAUCUUGCAACACGUUUUCGAAUCACAAAUUUGCCGAGAUCUUAUCACCUCACACAGCAGAUCUGGUCUCUUCAUCAAGGUUCAUUGGAUCUUUCAACUUACUAUACCAAAUUGAAAACUCUUUGGGAUGAACUUGAUGGAGCAGAUUGUGUGAAAACUUGUCAAACUUGUGAUUGUUGCAAAGCGAUGUACAACAAAGCUGAACAUGCUAAGAUCAUCAAGCUACUUGCUGGCUUGAAUGAUUCUUACUCUAAUGUUCGCAGUCAGAUCAUUAUGAAGAAGAACGUUCCUGAUCUUGCUGAGGUUUAUAAUCUCUUGGAUCAAGACCACAGUCAAAGGAGCUUCAAUCCUAUUCCUAAUGCGUCUGCUUUUCAAGUCACCACUGAGACCACUGCAGCUUCUGUUAAUGCGACUCAAACUCUUCCAUCGAAUCGCAGCAACAGACCUCUGUGUUCUCAUUGUGGAUAUUCGGGUCACACUAUGGAUAAGUGUUACAAAAUUCAUGGUUUUUCACCGGGCUUCAAGUCCAAACGAGUAGCUGCUGCAGAGAAACAAGCCACUCCUGUGAAACCAGUUGUAGCAAAUAUGACUCAUACUGAUCUUACUAAUGACUCUAUUGCUACAGGGAUGAUGAACACUUUAUCUAAAGACCAAAUCCAAGGAGUUAUUGAAUAUUUCAAUGCUCAGUUGCAGCUUUCAAGUGAUCCCAAGACACAAGUUGCUUCUACUUCUGGAGGCUCUAUCACGACUCUUCCCGGUAUGACUCUUUCAACAAAUACUCUUUAUUUUGUUGGCGUUCUGAGAGCUACAGGAAAUGUUUUAUCUUCUGUGUCUUGGAUCAUUGACAGUGGUGCAACACAUCAUGUCUGUCAUGAUCGUUCUAAGUUUCUUACUUUAUCUGAUACUCUAAAUCAAUCUGUGAGCCUUCCGAACGGUUUAGGAGUUCAGAUAGUUGGAACUGGUCAAGUUAAGAUCAAUGAGAGCUUGAUCUUAAAUAACGUCCUCUACAUACCUGACUUCAGAUUGAACCUCAUUAGUGAUCUUACCAGGGGGUUGAUGAUUGGUCAGGGUGAAGAAGUGGCAAAUUUAUACAUUUUGGAUGAAGCUUCCGUUGGUGAACUCUCCACAAGACCAUCAAGUUUCUGUGCUAGUGUUGUACUUGAUUCAGCCUUGUGGCACCAUAGACUAGGACAUCCUUCUAUCCAAAAGAUUGAUUCAAUCUCUAAUGUACUGGGAAUCUCUCAAAGAAAUAAAACUUCAUUUCAUUGUGCCAUUUGCCCUCUUGCAAAACAGAAGCAUCUAUCUUUUCCUUCUCAAAACAACAUGAGUAUCAAGCCGUUUGAUUUGUUGCACAUUGAUACUUUGGGACCUUUCUCUGUGACUUCAAAUGAAGGAUAUAUAUAUUUCUUAACUAUUGUGGAUGACCACACAAGAGUUACCUGGAUUUAUCUCAUGCGCACAAAGGAUGAAGUUCUUACUCUGUUUCCUGAGUUUCUGAAGAUGGUAGAGACGCAAUACAAGACAACUGUUAAGGGAGUGAGGUCUGAUAAUGCACCGGAGCUCCGAUUCACUGACUUAUAUAAAGCCAAAGGGAUCUAA